AUGGCUGGUUAUCUUGAAAAAUCUGAGAACUGUCAACAUGUCCGUUCAAAUAGUUUGCCUGCCAGAUCACAUCCUGCCACUUCUACGAUCGAAGAAGAGUUGAACAAAUUAAAGGCUUGGGAGGAAUUGUCGACAUCCAGCUUAAAGGCAGAGACUAUAUGUGUUGGUCUUUCUGACCUUGGAGAUGUGUACGAAUGCGUCAAAGAUCUUCUUAAUUUGCCCUUCACCCAACAAGCUCUCUUCCAGUUCCAAGACCAGAAAUGGGUUUCUGAAGUGCUGGAUACGUCUGUCAAAUUGUUGGACGUGUGUGGAACUACAAGGGACCUGCUACUGCAAAUGAAACAGAGUGUUCAAGAUCUCCAAUCUGGUCUUCGUAGAAGAAAAGGUGAAGAGUCAAGCCUCCAAUCCUGCAUUGAUGCUUUCAUCUCUGCGAGAAAGAAGAUGAAGAAAGAUAUUGUCAAGGGUCUUGACAUAUUGAAGCAAAUGGAAAACAAAUUUGGAUCUUCUCCACAUAUGGUUUUAGAAGACCAUCUAUCAAUCAUAGCUAGAGUACUAAAAGAAGUCAGUGCUAUUACCAUCUCCAUAUUUCAUUCCCUGUUGUCGUUUAUGUCUGUGCCAAUGUCAAAGCGGAAGCCUAGUCGAUGCAGCAAAGAGAUGGUAGUUUGUGAAGUCAAUCAGAAGAAUGAGGUAGAAAGUGUUGAUGCAGCAAUCCAUGUCAUAAGCAAGAGCAUUUCAAGGAAAGAUGCUGAUGUUGAGAAGGUGCAAACAGCAAAGGCAAGGCUGAAGAGUUUGGAAGUCAGCAUUGAAGAUCUUGACAGUGGGUUGGAGUGCAUGUUUGGACACUUGGUCAGGAUUAGAGUCACCCUCCUAAACAUACUCACUCCCUAG